CACAGCACGUGUUUCUACAUGAACAGUCAUGGAAUUUGAACUAUGACAUGACGCGGUUACGAACGCUGGCGGUGCAUACAUUUUCAGGAAGGAAAGUGAAAGAGAAAGCAAUCGAAUUAUAUCUACAUAUAUUUAGUAUAAAUUUUACAAAUAUAGUUUUGUGUUCGGUGACGCGGUUUCAUUCCGUGAACUAAUGAAUGUGCCAUUUAAACCCCCGAUAUAUCAUGUCAGUGAUAAUGGAGAUUAUGCAAAAACAAAUGUGACAGGUAGGCACGCUUGCGAAGCCAAGAUUUUGCGUUAGUUUUCACUUUCGACAAAAGUCUGCGCCAAUCAGAGUCUACGUCGGAUUACACACACGUGACGUAGACUUGAUCUUAAUCUGCAUACCUUUCAAACACAAACAGUCUCCAAUAACAGAGCAUGCAACAUAAACACGCACGCACUUUACCAUUACCCGGACCCAAAUUAUCAAGCCCACAGAUGUUUUUAUCGCUUACAAUUAGAUUUUAUCUUAUCAAUGAAAUAGAGUGCAUGGUAUCAGUUACGGCGUGGUGUCGAAGCUAGCAUCAUGUACCCGGGCCCGCGCCAUCGCGGCGGCGUGCGGCUGUACUUCGCCGUCGUGCUCGUCGUGGCCACCGUCGGCUUCAUGUACGCCGUCCUCCCUACCAGGGUCACGUACGAUUACACCAAGCAGAUGGACAAUAUAUUAUUCCAGUUCAACGUCACACCACAUCAACCAAUGAAGUUCAUUCUGCAGUGGGCACCGAGAUAUUCUCCAUUCGACGUGAUGCGAGAAGGCCAAGAAGCGUUUUUCAAGCUCGACUGCGAAUACAAAAACUGCUACGUGACAGACAACAAAUCGUUUUUUGAUGACAUCAAAAAUUUCGACGCCAUCGCUUUCAGUGGCAACCACUUGCCGAAUGCGAAUAACCUGCCUGCGCAGAGGUCUGCCAGUCAGAAGUACAUCUUCGGAGCGACGGAGUCGGCGCACAACUACCGGGUGUGCGACCCAGUGUUCGAUGGGUUCUUCAACUGGACGUGGACUUACAGACUGGACUCGGACGUCCGGUGGGGAUACAUAACAAUUUACGACUUGGACGGCAAGAAAGUAGGCCCCAAAAGGGACAUGACGUGGCCAGAACUGGCACCAGUGAGUGAUGAGUUUAAAAAGAAGUUGGACAGUAAAAGUAAAGUGGUGGCGUGGUUUGUGUCUCAUUGCAACACGUUGAGCAGGAGAGAGAAUUUCGUGAGGCAGUUGCAGCGUGAAGCAAAGACUAAGUACGGUUGGACGGUGGACGUGUACGGUUCGUGCGGGACGCUGAAGUGUCCGAGACAAAGCAGUUCGCAUUGCUUCGACAUCCUCCAGAGGGAUUACUACUUCUACCUGUCGUUCGAGAACUCUUUCGCGGAGGACUACGUGACGGAGAAGCUGCUGAACGCACUAAACAACGACGCUGUGCCGGUGGUAUAUGGAGGCGCUAACUAUUCAAGAUUCCUCCCGCCCGGCAGUUACCUAGACGCGCGGGAGCUGGGUCCUGCGAAGCUAGCGGAGACCAUGGACGCCAUCUACAGGAACAAGACGCGGUACUACGAGUUCUUUAGAUGGCAGAACCACUUCAGGUACAAAGAGACCUUCGAACCGGAUGUGUGCAACCUAUGCGCUGCACUGAACGACGUAGGUGCAGUGAGCCGGCGCACCGAGUACCAGCACUUCCGGCGCUGGUGGAACGACGAGCAGUGGAACGGGCAGGACCACACCUGCUGACAACGCACUGCGCUGACAACGCACUGCGCUAACUCAGUUAACUGCGCCGCUUUUGAUUUGGCUUGUUUAAAACUAAUGUUGAUGCCACAUUGUGUUGAUGGAAUAAAUGUCAGUGUUAGACAAUUUGUGAUAACUGUGACAAGAACAUAGAUUAUUGUUUGAUCUGAAAGACUACUUACAGUGCCUUCAAACAACUAGAAAAAAAACAUGACUUUACCUAACUAAAACUGUGUUCUUAAUUUAAGUAAUUAAUUUUUAAGUAAAAAUAGGUUAAAAGAAAAAUAGUAUCAAAUAUUUUUCUACACUUAUACAGGGUUCGGUGCUAUUUAACGGUAGUUUUAGUUUCAAAAUAUUUUUGUACUUGUAAAUAGCUCUUGUAGUGGCAGAGCAAACUUAUUUUGAAAACAGAAAUGUGCUAAAAACUAGGCUUUCUAA